GAACUUCCAAUCAAAUAGUCAGUUACCUUCCUAGUUCAAAUUGAUGGAUUGGAAAUGUACUUGUCAAAUCUUUAAUAACUGUUUGUUUUUAUGAACACUUGUUUCUGAUCAUUCGUUAAUUAUAUUCCUCAUAUUUUUAAUCAACUUAUCUUCUUUUGUAAUCUUAUGUUUCUAAUCCAUUAUCUUAUCUAGCUUUUAAAGCAAUUAUAUAAGGAAAUAUUUUUAUGUCUUUCGUUCUUAUUACUGUGACAAGUGCACCUCAGACUGUGUUCUUAAAUUGUCUUACCAUUAUUUUAUAACUAAAAAUGGUUAAGCUUCUUCUGAUAUUAUCAUUUGUUCACCAUAGAAAAAAAACAUUAAUUUGAAACUUUUAUUUUACGAUUAUUAAUUUUAGUUUAUAAAAAUGGUAUUAUUCGAAAUACCUGUUGGAGUUAAGUUUAUUCAGUUUUUCAGCAAUAGUUGUCCAGGAAGAGAGUACAACCGACAUCUUAUAUGCAGAACAAGUGUUCUUAUUUUGACAUUUUUAACUUAUGCAUGUUAUCAUGCUUCAAGAAAGCCAUUGAGUGUUGUUAAAAGUUACUUCGGAAGGAAAUGUGAUGGGCUCGUACCGCCAACUGGAACAGACCUUAAUGACACCACAUGGUGUGAUUGGGCCCCGUUUUAUGGCAGUGAUGGAUCAGUUCUACUGGGAGUUCUUGAUUCGUCAUUCCUUUUUUCAUAUGCUGGUGCUAUGUUUUUAAGUGGCUUUGUUGCUGAGCGUGUUAACUUAAGGUAUUUCCUGGCUAUAGGUAUGAUUUCAUCUGGAGUUGCUGGUUAUCUCUUUGGUGUCGCUCACAGAUUUGAUAUACAUUCCUUGUGGUAUUACAUUGCUGUGCAGAUUUUCGGUGGUAUUGUACAAACGACUGGUUGGCCAGGUGUUGUAGCUGUGAUGGGAAAUUGGUAUGGCAAAGGAAAUAGAGGUUUGAUAUUUGGUCUGUGGAACUCACACACAUCUGUAGGUAAUAUUGUUGGAGCCUUAGUAGCUAGUAGUUUACUACAAAGAGAUUGGGCAUUCUCGUUUAUGAUUCCUAGUGUAAUGAUAGCUGGAAUGGGCUUUAUUAACUUUUUAUUUCUUAUUGAUUCUCCUGAAAGUGUGGGCCUUGAUAAACCUGAUACUUUCCUGAAGGAAAGUCAUUGUGAUGCUUCAACAAAUCCAAGGGAUAAUUCAGGAUUUCUUGAUACUUCUCAUGAUGACUCUGCAGAUUCUGAUACUGAAUUAUUGCCGUCACAGCCAAUAGAUACUAAAAGCAUAAAUUCUAAUUCAGGUAGCAAUAAAGAAAAAGCUAUUGGAAUUAUUGGAGCUCUCAAAAUCCCUGGAGUAAUCGAGUUUUCCAUGUGUCUUUUCUUCUCUAAGCUGGUUAAUUACACAUUUCUAUAUUGGCUUCCAUUUUAUAUCAAUUCAUCAAGUUCCUAUUCAGAAACUCUCAGUGCAGAUCUAUCUACUAUUUUUGAUGUGGGUGGAAUUUUAGGAGGCAUAUUUGCAGGAGCCGUUAGUGAUUACACGGGAAUGAGUGCUUUGACUUGUACUAUAAUGUUAAUUUUUGCAGUUCCUUUGCUGUUUCUCUACAACCUUUUUGGCUCUAUUAAUUUAUGGUUGAAUAUCGGCAUGCUUGCUUUAGCAGGUUUUUUUGUAAAUGGACCAUAUGCUUUAAUAACGACUGCAGUUUCAGCUGACUUAGGAACUCACAAAACAUUGUCGACCAAUUCAAAAGCAUUAGCCACUGUGACAGCAAUCAUAGAUGGGACUGGAUCACUUGGUGCUGCAGUUGGUCCAUUACUUGCCGGAGUAGUCUAUACCUAUGGCUGGCAAAAUGUUUUUUACAUGUUGAUGGCAUCGAAUGUCUUAGCAUUAGUUGCUAUUCUUCGUUUAGUGUUCAAAGAACUGCGUUUAUCAUGCGGGUCUAGUGCCAGUGGCUCGACAGUCUGAUUUUUAUUUAUUUUUUCGCUAUUGCAAAAAUAGACAAUGUUACAUUUCAGUGUUUAAUUUCACUCAUACUUGUUUACUUAAGAAAAACAAACAAACAAGAAUUAAUUAACACCUGACUUCACAUAGAUCUUAUCAGUAUUAUAAUGUUUGUGUAUAUGUACAAUAUCAUCAAAUUAUUCUAUAAAAUUUACUGUUGUAUUGGUUAUUAUAAAUGUAAUGAAAGCCAAAUUAAUGUUUUAUGAAUAAGAAAUUUGCAUUUAUGUAUGUAAAUGUUUGUUUUAAAAAUUGUAAGGAACCUUACAAGUAUAAGUUGUUCUGUUCUUAUAGAUAACUUGUUUAUUAUCAUUCAGUUUUUGAACCCUUAAUCUGGUCCAAAAGCUAUAAUUUUGGGCAUUAUACAAGUUAUGCUACUGUCAGUACUCUGUAUAUAUUUUAUAUAUGUAAAGUUCAUUACCUUCAAUAUUGAUUUUUAUUCCUACUUACUAUUAUGUUUUUAACUUUUAUGAAUAUAAUACUUUUAUCUCAUAUAAAUUGUUUUAUUUGUUGACUGUACUUGAUAAGCUAUUGAUUUGCUGAAGAACAUUCUUCUUGCAAUAUGUCUCAUACUUAUUUCAGAUUUACUUAACUAAUGUUACCAUAUUGUUUAUAUUAUUUUAUUGGAUCUUAUUUUCUAUUAAUUAAAUAUUAUUAAUUUCGAAAAAAAUUAUAUAUUCAUAAAAAUUAUGAAAAUAAAAAAAAGAAAGUAUUUAUUAAAUUAAAAAAUGAAUCAUUAGUGUGCUGAUGAA